AUGUCUGAUGCGCCGCGACCAACCCUCAAGCUCAAGCUGGGCAAGAGACCCGCAGCGCCUCCAGCUGAGCCAGCGCCAGCGCCUGCACCAACUUCAGCUGAACCUUCACAGCCAAAAUUGACACUUAAACUCGCUCGCAAACCCCAAAAUAUAGCUGGUGAAUCCUCUGAGAAACCUAAAAAGAAGAAAUCGUCAAAAAAACGGCCCGCCGAACAUGUUGCGCAGCCUGAACCCGUGGUCGAGCAGCAAGGCCCAAAGAGGCUCAAGCUAAACACAUCCAAGAAACCUGCACUCCAGUCGAUUCGCAUCAAAAACAAGGGCAUGGUACCCAAUCGACCGGUUGGCGUCGGCUACGAUUCAGAGGCAUCUGAUACGGAAAUCGAUCCAUCUAUCGAAGAACAGUUCAUUCUACGAAUGUUACCCGGCGAAGACUGCGAGUAUCUGCAAAAGGCUAUCAAUGAACGGAGGUUCGAUAAGUCGGAGUUUUCCUUCAAACCCCUGACUCGCGAUGGACGACGGGCCAUCUUCAAAAUCCGAGAUAAACAGUACGCAGCGGCCUUGGUAGAUCUCCCCUGCAUCAUCGAAGGCAUGAAGAGUUGGGACCGUCGAGGCUGGUACAAAUCGGCCGACAUCUGUCAAAUGCUGUUGAUAUUAGGGCAGGUUUCCAGCGACCAGGAAGCUUUAGAUUUUCCUCUUCCUCCAGACAUCGAAAACCCGGAUACUAAAGCACUCCACUACCCUCAUGGUCUCGCGCCGCCGUUACGCUGGGUCCGCAAACGACGCUUCCGUGAUCGUGUUAGCUCACGUACUAUUGAACAAGUCGAGAAAGCAGUCGAAGAUUUAGUUGCGCAAGACGAGACAUCACUCUUUCCUCCAAGAUUCGAGUUGGUAGAUAGCGCCUCGCUCAACCGUGCGGAAAGAUUCGAACAGGGCGGAGAAUACGACGAGUACUACGAUGAGGACCAAGAUGCGGAAGGAGAGGCAGAUGAAGACAUGAUGGAUGACUUUGAAGACGCACUGGCCGCCGAGAUGGAAGCCGCCUUGGCGGCCGGAGAUGAUGACGAUGGGGUUCCAGCAACUCCAGCGGAUCAGCCACUCACAGCGACGACUCCAGCUGCGCCAAACGAAGUUGGAGGUGAUGGAGACUCGUCCGGAGAUGAUAGUGACAUGUCUGACGAGGGCGGUGAUGGCGCUGACGAUGACCUUGAUGAUGAACAGCUCGAGCAACAACGCCAGCUGCAACAACACCGAGAAGAAGUCGCUGAGCUGGAAGCUCUUAUUCGCACAGAAACUGCAACAUGGGAGAAAGUCACAAAUCAUAUUCUGCGCAGCAAAAUGGGUCGGCGAAUCCAGGAGCUCAAGAAAGACCUGGAACUAAAGAAGGUCUCGAUUGGAAUGCCGGACGACAAUGACGUCUAG